UCUGCCUGUAUUUCCCCCUGAAGCAGUUGGCACAGCAGUCACAGCUGCUUAUAUUCUGCAGCGGCACAAUGUCCAACUCCUCUUUACCUCCCUGGACUCUCAAGUCCUCCAAGGAUGACCACACAAAUGUGGAUGUUGGAGCCAUAAUGGAAAAUAUCAGCAUUGUCCUCUACACAAUGACCGUCGUGUUUGGGAUCACAGGAAACUCUUUGGUGAUCUGGGUGGCUGGAUUCAAACUCAAGCCAAAAAUUACCAAUGUGUGGCUGGUGAAUCUGGCGAUAGCCGACCUCGUCUUCUCCAUCACAAGAGUUAUCUCCCUGAUCAAGAAGCUCUUCUUCGACGAUUGGCCCUUCGGACGAUUUAUCUGCAAGUUCAACGGCUUCUUUAAAUACGCCAACAUGUUCUGCUCCGUCUUCCUGUUGGCUGUGAUCAGUUUGGACAGGAUGCUCUGUGUGUGGAGACCCAUUUUUACAAAGCGACGGCGUACCCUGUGUGCUGCCAGGGUGGUGGCAGUUUGUGUCUGGAUCACAGCCAUCCUCCUCAGUAGUCCCUUCUUCAUCUAUCGCCAAGUCUACCUGGGAGAAAACAACAUGAGCAAAUGUUCUUUGAAGGUGAAGGAGUCGAAGGAGGGAGACAACACCACCAAACUUGCUCUGUAUUUAAACAGGUUCCUGUGUGGCUUUGUUUUCCCUUUCUUGAUCAUUCUUAUCUGUUACAUCAUGGCUGCCAUCGGCCUCCGACGCACUCGCCUUGUAGGAAAGACACGCCCCCUGCGUAUCCUGGCAUCGCUGGUCAUUGCAUUCUUCUUGUGCUGGGGUCCUUACCACUGUCUGCUCCUGGUGAAGAUGGUGGAUAAAAAGAAUGCAGUGCUGAAAAUCUGGCAGCCUUUGGCCAAUGGCUUUGCGUACUUUAACAGCUGUGUGAACCCGCUGCUGUACUUCUGCAUGGGGCUGGAUGUGAAGAGCCGAUUCAGGCAGAGCCUGAUGGGCAUUUACAGAAAAGCUUUGGCUGACGACGUAGAAGGACCGACUUCUCAGUCUAACGACCGCUCUCUGGAUGAAAGCUGCGUGUCAAAAUACAGUGCUAAUGUGUUGGCAGAAAGGACUCGAGUUUAAGUCCCUCCUGUUGGUCACCAGGCGUUGGCUCCCAGAAGAUGAUUCAUGCAAUUUAGAUGUGGAUUAUACAGUAGUUAUGGAAAAUAGUCAACAUGUUUCAAUAUGGCACUGAAAGCUGCAGGUUUUCACAGUUUUAUUUUUGUGUGUGUGUUUUGUUUUGGGGUUUUUUUGUGAACCAGUUGACAUGAUGAACAUUCAUCUUUUACAAAGAAUACUCAUAACAAUUUGUUAUCUUUGUGCACAUGGUACAUUUGGGACAACAUGUGAUGUUACUGUAUGAUAACCUUUUGCAAAGUUAACUACCACAAAUCUAUUUUUAAAAAGCAUAUGUUUUUUGUAAACAGUACAAAGAAGUCCAAAAUGUGCUUCUUAACUAGAUUAGUACAUUAUGUCAGAUAUUUUUUGCAUAUUGUAUGUUGAAGUUACCUACUGCUAAAUUUAAAGAAAAAUACUGACUUUACCAAGAGUUUUAGUGAAUUUAACUCAAAUUUUCCUGAAAAUGUGGUUUGAGUUGUUUCAUUUGUGAAAAGUGGAACGGUUCUUUCUGGAGGAGUAUAAAUAUAAAACCAAAAGAGAAGGAAGUGAAACUAUUUCAGGAAAGCCAGUAUUAGUCAUAACUCUGUCUGUUUUUAUAGAAGUCAGAUUGAACAGAUGAUCUGAAACUGUACAGAAAAUCAGAGGCUUUUUGAAAGAAACACUUUGUUUUUCAGCUCAUUUCUUUUGGUUGGCUCUUUAAAUUGUGCAUUAAAGAAUUUCAGAUAUUAUUUAUUUCAAUCUAGACAGAUGUAAGUACUGGAAGUGGGAUGGUCUUAUGAACACCAAACUGGAGUCAUGAAUCUUGUUAUCCACUCCUAGCAACAAGCUCAUAAAGCAAUGAUGCACAAUUCAAUGUGCAGAGUACUUACACAUCACUGGGAGACGGAGGAGACUGUUUAUCGUGAACAUAUUCAUGUUCUUUCUACAGCACCGUGCUGGUGCAUUGUGCAGUUUGAAAUUACAAUAUGUAAAACAUGAAAGCUCUAUUUUAUUUCUGUAACUUUUUCAAUCAUCAAAUUAUAUGAUGUGAAUAUAAAAUAAAGUAUUUAAACUGUU